CCCACGCACGCUUCCCUCUCAAUCCACCUCAGCCUACUCGUUGCACGCACCGCAAAAAGCCCACCACGUUCGCGCGAAAAGCGUCGAGGCAGGGCACCAUGUCGGCCCCCUUACCAGUGUCGAGAUGCGUCCAGCAAAGUGCCCGAGCCGUCUCCCGCCUGCGGCCGGGCUGGGCCGUGGGCUCAGCGCUGCGUCCGGCGGCGGCGGCGGCGGCCCCGAGGAGAACUUUCGCGGUCCUGCGGCCCGUCUCCCCCGUGCCGCUGCCCGGCGCGCGGGCGUUCAGCACCGGCGCGAGGUUGCGCGCCGAGGAUUCUGUAGAGGAAGCCUUUGAUCCGUCGAGCAUCGAGCGCGAGUCGGAUCAGGUUGACGUGUGCAUCGUCGGCGGCGGCCCCGCCGGCCUCAGCGCCGCCAUCCGGCUCAAGCAGCUGGCUAAUGAGGCCGGCAACGAGGACUUCCGAGUCCUUGUGCUCGAAAAGGCCGGCGACAUGGGCGCGCACAUCCUCUCCGGCGCCGUCAUCCAACCCACUGCCAUCAACGAACUCAUCCCCGACUGGCUCGACGAGUCCAACCCAAACCGCUUCGAGCAUGCGACCCCCGCCGGGACCGACAAGAUGCGAUUCCUCACAAAAACAUCCUCCUUCCCCGUCCCCACGCCCCCGCAGAUGAGCAACCACGGCAACUACAUCGUGAGCCUGAAUCAAUUCGUCAAGUGGCUCGGCGAGCGGGCCGAAGAGGUUGGAGUGGAGGUCUACCCUGGCUUCGCCGCAGCCGAGGUCCUCUACGACUCGGACGGCUCGGUCAAGGGCGUGGCCACCAAUGACCUGGGCAUUGGCCGGGACGGACGGCCCAAGGAUACCUUCGAGCGCGGCAUGGAGUUCCAUGCCCGGGUAACAAUGUUUGGCGAGGGCUGCCAUGGCAGUCUGACCAAGCAGGUUAUCAAGAAGUUCGACCUGCGCAAAGACAGCCAGCACCAGACGUAUGGAAUCGGUCUCAAAGAGGUCUGGGAGGUUGAGCCGGAAAAAUUCGAAAGGGGCCUGGUUGUCCACGCCAUGGGUUACCCUCUGCCCAGCAGUCUCUACGGCGGUUCCUUCAUGUACCAUUUUGGCGACAACCUGGUGGCUCUCGGCCUCGUGGUUGCGCUCGACUACGAGAACCCGUGGAUAUCGCCGUACCAAGAGUUCCAGAAGAUGAAGCACCACCCUAUGUUCAAAAAAGUCCUCGAAGGCGGCAAGUGCAUAUCCUAUGGUGCCCGCGCGCUGGUCGAGGGUGGCUUCCAGUCCAUCCCCAACGUCGCAUUCCCUGGUGGCGCCCUGAUCGGCGACUCGGCUGGCUUCGUCAACGUCCCCAAGGUUAAGGGCACGCACAACGCGAUGAAGUCUGGUAUUCUUGCGGCUGAAGCUGCCUGGGGUGCCCUCAACCAGACCAACGACGGCACGGUCUUCCUCUACGAUUACGAGGACUCUCUGCGCAAGUCGUCAAUCUGGAAGGAGCUCAAGGAGGUGCGCAACAUGCGCCCCUCCUUCCACACUCCCCUAGGCCUCUAUGGCGGCAUGGCAUAUUCGGGCCUGGAAGCCUUCGUGCUAAAGGGUCGUGUUCCGUGGACGCUCAAGCAUAAGAAGCCCGACUAUGCGGCCACCAAGCCUGCAGACCAAUUCCCCAAGAUUGAGUACGAGAAGCCCGACGGCAAGAUCAGCUUUGACAUCCUGACCAGUGUCUCUCGCACUGGUACGAACCACGAGGAGGACCAACCUGUUCACCUACAGGUCAAGGACUGGGAUGCGCAUACGAAUAAGGCCUGGCCAGCCUUCAAGGGCUUGGAGAACCGCUUCUGUCCGGCGGGUGUUUACGAAUACGUCGAGGACGAGUCCAAGCCCCACGGAGUGCGGUUCCAAAUCAACUCGCAAAACUGCAUUCACUGCAAGACAUGCGAUAUCAAGGCACCGCAACAAGACAUCAACUGGCAAGUGCCCCAAGGAGGCGAGGGUCCCAAGUACUACAUGACUUGACGCCUGCCUUGUAUGAUACCUGAACCCUUUCUCCUGAGCGUGCAGCGUACAAAACAACGGCGUCGCUGCGCAAUGUUUUCUCUUGGCACCUGUACAUACAUACCUGCAAGCUGGGUGAACACUGCAAGAGCCUCGCGGCGUCCAAAGUAACAACUCGGCCAGUUCAAACGUCGAACGUGGCCUUUACUUGAAGAAUGCAAGGGGAAAAGAAGGAAUUGUUGACAUCCAAGCAUUGAAUGUGCAUGAGGCAUCCGAGGGAGCACCAAAUUCCACGUGUCCGUUCCAGUGAACCAAGAGCAUUGAGCACUCGCGAUCACGACGUCCUGCAUGCACAAGGAGAAAAGAACAAGCCCGUGCAUGCGGCCUCCAAUCCCCGGAGUGCAAGUGAGCUUGAGCAGAAAAACAAAUCAGCAACUUUCAAAGGCCUCGUUGCUCUCGGACGUCAUCACGCGCAUCUGUUGCUUUUUUUUCCCACAUUCUAAACCCUUGCACAUGCAUGGCCGGGCGGGCCAGGUGGCAGGUCGCGCAAAAUGAAAAUUGUUAGUGAGGUACUUUCACGAGCAGGGCCUGGGUCUGGGGCUGUGCCGUGUUGUGUAGCAGUACCCCGCCAGCCCAUGAACAUCAAUUUCUCAUGGGUCGAGCUGACGAUGGGCCUUUGGAGACACAACCCUGGCUCGGUCCUGAUGAAUCUGAAAGUCGGGGCAGCAGCAGCCAGACGGCUGAGCAUCGGGUCUGUCGCUUUUCUUGCGGAGAAAACGCAUUGAUUGUGCGGCUGGGUGCAGAGGAGCCCCGUGACGACGAUGCUCAAGGGGUGGUCGAGCCGGGAGUCUGAAGUACCGGGACCUGUGGCCCCAGCCACUCAGAGCACGCAAACAGCGAGUGAGCCUCUGGCUGGAGCCGCACACGGCAAGAUGGUUGGACCAAAGUCAAAGGUCCAUGACUCACAGCCAUUCGCCCCCCCUCCCACUCUUCUGGCUGACCACGAAAAACUCUGUUCGUCGUCGCGACCUCGCGCACGAGUGCGACGCGAGUCUGUUGCCAAGUGGCGGGACAGCGCGCGUCGAAACCGGUGGUUUCCUGGUGCGCGAUGCGUGAUGUGCGAUACGCGAUGCAGAUGCAGCACACCUGCACCGCAGCUGCGCGCACACUCGCGCGCGCGCGGUCUCUCUUCUUGUCCCCCGACGGGUGCUAGGCGAUGUGAGGUGACGGCAGGAGAGAGCGCUUGCUCCUCCCUGUCCGUCGCCAGGACGCGUGUCCACAGCGACGGCGCAUCGACCCAAGGGGGUGAGAGUGUGUUUCAGAGAGGUCUGGACGUGUGUGAGGGGGGCAGUCGAGGGUUGGCCAGGAGGCAAUUUUCAGGGCAAGGGCUGGUGGGCAUUGGUGGAUAGGGGGGAGCCGCGGCGCGGGUUCGACGCCCGGCGCGACGCGGCCAACCGACGGCCCAUAAUUUCCAGCCCCUUUUCCCUGAGAGCUUUUUGGGCCGGCUUUAUCGUCGAGCCGGCUCGAUGCAGCAGUGCCGACGUGGGCAUCGUCUCCUUAUGGCUCGGCGCCUCGUCGAUGUUGUGCUCGUCGGGUCGUUCUCGAGGACCGAAGCGGCCGAUGGCUUGUCGUGCUGGCGAGUUUGGAGCGGCGAAGUAGCGUCCCGUUGACGUACUGCAGAACGAUGAUGGUACCGGGAGGUGGCAGAGAAUGAGAGAAAGAGUAAUGAGAGUUGUCGGGUUGUGUGUGUCCCGCGAGUCGUGACGGAAACAAGGUGAGAGGAACAAGGUGAUGACGCUGGAUGCCCGACAAAGGGGAGGAACCGACGGCUGGACGGGAGGGAUGCCCGAGCUCCAGGGCUCGUACGUGCCCUGAGCGUCAGCGCCUGGUGCCUCAAGCCGCCAGGUACCUGGACUGAGGCGGUGAUAUCGAGGUACCUCGGAGGGCUCUUGGGGCCGGACCGGGGUACCAUGGUGGGAAAAAGGAG